CUGAAAGCUGUCUGCUAACUUUAUAAACACACAAAACGUGAAACGUGGUUGUUGUUAGUUUGUGAAUAAGUAGAUUGCAUCGAGCCAGACUGUCAGAGCCACCGACUUUAUUGGAUCUGUUUAAAUAGUUGUAAAUAGAGAAAUGUUUCACAUCUCGUUUUAACGAAGAGUCCAUCGCUAAGGUUAGGAAUGCUAGUGAAAUCGUUCGCGCUAUCCUUAGCUCGUUUAAAAUGGAAGACGAUAGUUCAAACAAGCAAAGUCGCCGGGAAAACCUUGUUUGGCAGAUACUUGUUGGUUACAAAUGUAACAAUAUCCACUACCCUUAGCGGUGUUGGAGACGCCUUGCAGCAACAAUAUGAAAUUGUAACUGGUGAUAAACCUAACCUGACUUGGGAUAAGAAUAGAACACUAGAUAUGUCAGCAACUGGAACUGUAGUAGGAGUAAUUUGCCACUUCUGGUACAAUUGGCUUGACCAAAGAUUACCUGGAAAAGCUUUUAAAAUAAUAGCAAAGAAACUAUUGGUGGACCAAAUAUUUUUCUCCCCAUUCCUCAUUGCUGUGUUUUUUGGAACAGUUGGUGUUCUGGAACACAUGAGCACUGAAGAAGUAUUAGAAGAAAUCAAGUCUAAAGCAUGGAGGCUUUAUGCAGCUGAAUGGAUAGUCUGGCCUCCAGCACAAUUAAUUAACUUCUACCUACUGCCAACCAGAUUUAGAGUAUUGUAUGACAACACUAUAUCACUUGGCUAUGAUGUCUACACUAGUUAUGUCAAACAUGACAAAGGCUGAUUUUAUCUCUUGAUUACUGUGGGACCAACAGGAAUAUAUAUAGUGCAUAUACCGACUUGAGCAAUGAGCAACUAUGUAAUCAAUUACGCCUUAUCGUUAUCAUUACAAAUCAGGGUUCAAUUGCCUUACUGACAGUA